GUAUGUUCAAAUUUGAGGAAAUGAUGGAGAGGGAAGAUUGAAGUUUGCAGCUCAAGUUUCUAGUAUUUGCAGACUCAACUCAGUUUCACAAAAUUCACAUAAUGAUUUCUUUUCCCUCUACAAACAAGCCCUAACCCCCCUACACCUUUGAGUCAUGGAAGCAUUGGCGGAGGGACUUUGGGGACUAGCGGAUUUCCACGAGGAGAAAGGCGAGAUACACAAAGCGGUGAAGUGUCUCGAAGCCAUAUGCCAGAGCCACGUAUCGUUCUUCCCCGUCGUCGAAGUCAAGACUCGUCUCCGAAUCGCCACGCUUCUCCUCAAGCACUCGCACAACGUCACUCACGCCAAGUCUCACCUCGAGCGCUCCCAGUUGCUCCUCCAUUCGAUUCCUUCUUGCUUCGAUUUGAAGUGCCGAGCCUACAGCUUGCUCAGCCAGUGCUACCAUCUCGUCGGAGCUAUUCCGCCGCAGAAACAGAUUCUCAAUAAGGCUCUUCAGCUCAGCACUUCUUCUGGCAACGAGCUUUCGGUGAAGUUGUGGUCUUGCAACUUCAAUUCACAGCUAGCGAAUGCGUUGAUUAUCGAAGGAGAUUAUCAGAGUUCAAUUGCUGCUUUAGAGAGCGGUUAUAUCUGUGCAGCUCAAAUUUCUUAUCCCGAAUUGCAGAUGUUCUUUGCAACUUCCAUACUGCAUGUGCACCUCAUGCAAUGGGACGAUGAGAAUUUGGUUGAGCAAGCUGUUAAUAGAUGCGAUCAGGUCUGGGAAUCGAUUGAGCAUAAUAAAAGACAACAAUGCCUUGGUUUACUCUUCUACAAUGAGCUGCUGCACGUAUUCUACCGAUUUCGUGUCUGUGACUACAAGAAUGUUUCACAGCAUGUAGACAAAUUGGACGCUGCUGUGAAGGCUGAUAUGCAGCAAACACGGGAGAUACAGGAGCUGACGAAUGAAAUAAACACCUUAAAUCAAAGUCUCUCACGUUCUGACCUUCAUUACAGGGAUAGGUCAGCAUUGGCUGAAAAACAAGCUCAGCUUCAAGAGCGGCUUAAAAGUAAGACCAGAUUAAGUUCAAGUGGCCAGCAUUAUCUGGAGCCAGCAUAUUUUGGAAAUGUGAAACGGACAUUGGAAGAUAAGCUUGAGCUGGCACCAUCUCCUAUAGAUGGAGAGUGGCUACCAAAAAGUGCUGUCUAUGCACUAGUUGAUCUUAUGGUGGUCAUUUUUGGACGUCCAAAGGGUCAUUCUAAGGAGUGUGGAAAGAGGAUACAAUCUGGAAUGCAUAUCAUCCAAGAGGAGCUGGUGAAGCUUGGAAUAACUGAUGGUGUGAAAGAGGUGGAUUUGCAACACUCUGCCAUUUGGAUGGCUGGUGUGUAUUUAAUGCUACUAAUGCAGUUCUUUGAAAAUAAAGUGGCUGUAGAGCUCACACGGUCUGAAUUUGUUGAAGCACAAGAGGCUUUGGUGCAGAUGAAAAAUUGGUAUAUGCGCUUUCCAACAAUUUUACAAGCUUGUGAAAGUAUUAUCCAGAUGCUUAGGGGGCAAUAUGCCCAUUACGUAGGCUGUUAUAGUGAAGCAGCUUUUCAUUAUCUUGAAGGAGCAAAGCUCACAGAGAGCAAAUCAAUGCAAGCUAUGUGCCAAAUAUAUGCAGCUGUGUCUUACAUUUGCAUUGGUGAUGCUGAAUCAUCUUCACAGGCUCUUGAUUUGAUAGGACCUGUUUACAGAAUGAUGGAGUCUUUUGUUGGAGUCAGAGAGAAAACGGGUGUUCUUUUUGCCUACGGCCUUUUAUUGAUGAAACAGCAUGAUCUACAGGAAGCACGAAAUCGACUGGCCAAAGGACUGCAGUUGACACACAAUCAUUUGGGGAAUCUUCAACUUGUUUCUCAGUAUUUGACUAUCCUUGGGAGUUUGGCGCUUGCCCUGCAUGACACUGUACAGUCUAGAGAGAUCUUGAGAUCAUCCCUAACGUUGGCAAAGAAGCUUUAUGAUAUCCCAACUCAGAUUUGGGUGCUUUCUGUUUUGACAGCCUUGUAUCAAGAGUUGGGUGAGAGGGGAAAUGAAAUGGAAAAUGUUGAAUAUCAAAGGAAAAAGGAAGAUGAGAUGCAAAGGAGACUUGCUGAUGCACAUUCAUCCAUUCAUCACAUUGAACUAAUUGACAAAGUAAAACUUGAAGUUCAGCAAUUUCAUGAGAUUGACAUCAAGCGUACAAUCGCAGGCCCUUCCAUGGGGGUCAAUCUCGACAUCCCUGAGUCCAUUGGUCUGUCUACUCCGUUACCUGCUCCAUCAUCAUCAAAGCUUGUGGAUUUAGACUCUAGAAGGCGUGGGAAGAGGAAAAUUUAGACACAUGACAUCCCCCCACCCCUCUCUUCCACUUUUUUUCAAAUAGAAGUUCUAAUUUUUAUUUGUAUAUGUAUUUUUCAAGGGGAAAUGAAUAACUAGUAGAUUAAAUUAAAGGAGAUUGACACUAGUUCUUCUACCUAUCUACCUAUAGAUUGUAUAGUAGAUGGAUCCAGCACAAUACAACAUACUACAUUAAUAGGAGGGAAGAUGUACAGUUAUUGAUUAGAAUGAAGUUCUCUAAUUUUAUGCUCUCUCAA